AGCCUUUUUAUCACCAGCAUGCGGGUGAAGAGGAGCAGUGUUGUUGAAAGGUUCAGACAGAGAACCAACAUAAGAAAGGGGCUCCUGGAACGGGAAGGUUUCUUACACCCUGAAGACGAGGUCAAGAGAGAACACCCAGCCUCAGCCUGCUGAAAGACAUUCAGCAGGAUGGAACUGUGGGCCUGUGUUUUCCUGGCAUUUGCUGCUGCUGCUUCGUCUGCAUACUGGGAGAAGGAUCCCACACUCAACAGGCACUGGGAGCUUUGGAAGAAAAAGUAUGACAAAACAUACAAAAAUGAGAAAGAGGAAGGAGGUCGACGUAUGACUUGGGAAAGGAAUCUGCAGUUUAUCAUGUUGCAUAACCUCGAACAUUCGCUGGGGUUACAUUCCUAUGAACUUGGCAUGAAUCAUCUGGGGGAUAUGACCAGUGAGGAGGUGACUGCUAUGUUGACUGGGUUGAAAGUUCCUGACUCGCGCAUGCACAAUUCAACAUAUUAUGUGUCAAGUCUGGGAGUCCUCCCCGACACUGUAGACUGGAGGGAGAAAGGGUGUGUCACAGAUGUUAAGAACCAGGGUGCAUGUGGUGCAUGCUGGGCCUUUAGCGCUGUUGGGGCCCUGGAAGGCCAGCUAAAACUCAAAACAGGGAAACUGGUGUCUCUCAGUGCACAAAACCUUGUUGACUGUUCCAGCAAGUAUGGAAACCAUGGGUGCAAUGGAGGCUACAUGGACGCUGCCUUCCAGUAUAUCAUAGACAACAAAGGCAUUGAUUCGGAAGCUUCCUACCCAUAUGAAGCCAAGAAUGGAAUGUGUCACUAUGACCCUUCUGCACGAGCUGCUACCUGCUCUAAAUACGUUACUCUCCCAUCUGGAGAUGAAGCUGCCCUGAAGGAUGCCGUAGCCAAUGUUGGCCCUGUAUCAGUUGGUAUAAAUGCAAGUCUAAUGUCAUUCUUCCUGUUUAAGCGAGGUGUAUAUGAUGAUCCAAAGUGUUCUCAGCAUAUAAAUCAUGGAGUUGUCGUAAUUGGAUAUGGAACAGAAGAAGGCAAAGAAUAUUGGCUUGUGAAGAAUAGUUGGGGUCCAAGUUUUGGCGAUGAAGGAUUCAUUAAAAUUGCAAGGAAUCAUGGGAAUCGCUGUGGCAUUGCCAGCCAGUGCUCCUAUCCACUAAUCUAGAGAGGAUUUCCAGCUCACAAUGGAUUGUUCAUCACUGAAAGAACAGCCCAUUAGGCAACUAAUCUUUAGAGUUUUUUAAAAAAUCAAACUGCUCUGUUUUAAGAAGAGUGAUUGGUCUCCAAAGGCAAGGUCUUCCUGUCAGCUCCACCGGGUAGAUCUGAGACAAGGAGCCAAAAUGAUGAUUUAUCCUGGUUUAUCUUGGUAUUUGCUAAGCAAUCCUGGUUUAUCUUGGUAUUUGCUAAGCACUCCCUGGGCGCUGUGGGGCUUAAUCAGUUAAUAAUGUAAUGUCUGUAGUCCUGUUCUGAACAACCCAAGCUUUAUGUAAUUGCCGGGUAGUACCUAUCACUGUUACAACCUCAAGGUAUGUUGGAAUAAAAGCUGUGUCAGGUAAAUACAGAAACAAACAAAAACCUUCUGUGACUCCAGAAAUGGCAAGCAAGCCACUUUACAAUGAUGGAUGGGGAAUCCUUUGUCAGCCCGAGGGUCACAUUUCCUUCUGCAUAACCAUUAAAGGCCGCAUACCAGUAGUGAGCAUUGGCAAGAGGCAAAAGUGGGCAGGGCAACACAUGCAAAUGUUACCUUUGCACAGUAGGCUACAGUUUCUACACUUACAUUUCUCCAUGAUCCUCCAUCCAGAUAAUCAAGAGGCAUUAUUGCUGUUCAAAGACACAUUUGCGGCAAGGCAAAAACACCUGAGGUGCAAAAACAGGGCCAGUGCUUGAGUGUGGCCUGAGGAAAGUUCUGAGGCCCAGAGAAAGGGUUAUGGAAUACAAUACAAUAAAACUAAUAAUUGGUGAUUAUUUGUUUUUGAUGUGGGUUAAAGCCACUUUAGUUGGAACCAUCUUGGUGGAAAAGGCAGAAAUGUGGAUUUAUUACAUAAUUCUGGAGUGGGUGAAUAAAAUGUCAGCUCAGCA